AAAGAGGAAGUGAGGGAGAGAUUUUGUGAAAGUAAAGAUAGAGCUAUGGUUGGCAGGGGCAAGGCAGGAAAAUGAGCGACAGGAAAUGAGGCUAUUUGUGUAGAGUAGAGAGCAUCGCCAAAGGCUUGGGCAUGAGAGUUAUAGAAGAAGUGGAGAACAAGGAAAGUGACAGUGGUGCUGGUGCUGGUGUUGUUGCUGGCGGUUGUUGUGGUUUAUGUUAACAUCCCUGCAGAGUGCAGUUACCUCUUCUUUUCUGGACUUCCCGCCUACAAAUUCCUCAUAAGCCGCGCUUUCUUUUUCCCCUUUUAUCUUGCAACAACCACCUCUCUCUGUCUCUGUCUCUCUCUUGCUGUUAAAUCCACCUUCCUUCUCGCUUCUUCUUCUGCUCCUGUAUUGAUUCUUAACUCUAAUCCUAACUUAUCAGGCGCUUCAGUUAAUUUCUCCUGAUUCUUAAUUUAGUGCUUCUAUCAAGUUUCUAAAUUCUAAUACGUCCAUUUCUCCUCAUCUCUUUUCUCCUCCUUUUUUCCUUGGCCUUUAAAGUCUGACUGAUGGAAACAUCCGAGAAUUGUUCUGUGAAGGUUGCUCUGCACAUUCGUCCUCUCAUUGCCGAUGAACGCCAUCAAGGCUGUAGAGAGUGUGUUAGCGUUAUUCAUGGAAAGCCCCAGGUUCAAAUAGGUUCACAUUCCUUUACAUUCGACCAUGUUUAUGGAAAUGGUGGAUCUCCUUCGUCUGCUAUGUUUGAAGAAUGCAUUUUUCCUUUGGUUGAUGGUUUGUUUCAAGGAUACAAUGCUACUGUUCUUGCUUAUGGUCAGACGGGAUCUGGGAAAACUUACACGAUGGGAACUGGCUAUAGUGACAAUUGCCGGGCUGGAAUAAUUCCUCAAGUUAUGGAUGCCUUGUUCAGCAAGAUUGAGACAUUAAAGCAUCAAACAGAAUAUCAGUUGCAUGUCUCAUUCAUUGAGAUUCUGAAGGAGGAGGUGAGAGAUUUGUUGGAUACAUCAUCCAUGGGAAAAUCGGAAACCUCUAAUGGUCAUUCUGGAAAACUAACUGUUCCUGGGAGGUCAUCAAUACAGAUUCGUGAAACAUCAAAUGGAGUGAUAACACUGGCAGGUUCAACUGAAGUUUCUGUUAGUACUUUACAGGAAAUGGCUGCUUGCUUGGAGCAGGGUUCAUUGAGCAGGGCAACAGGAAGUACAAACAUGAACAACCAGUCCAGCAGCCGGUCACAUGCCAUCUUCACAAUUACAUUGGAACAGAUGCACAAACUCCAUGCAGAUUCUCCUGGCAGUGACACUUCAGAUGAGGAUAUGGGUGAAGAAUAUCUUUGUGCAAAGCUCCAUUUGGUGGAUCUAGCUGGAUCUGAACGAGCUAAAAGAACAGGAUCUGAUGGUCUUCGAUUAAAAGAGGGUAUCCACAUUAAUAGAGGUCUUCUUGCACUUGGUAAUGUCAUUAGUGCAUUGGGAGAUGAAAAAAAGCGAAAAGAGGGUGUGCAUGUCCCUUACCGGGAUAGCAAACUCACUCGACUUUUGCAGGAUUCACUUGGUGGAAACAGCAAAACUGUCAUGAUAGCGCAUUUUGUUUCAGUUGAGGCAGCAUAUUGCAGAAAAUCUUGUAUCAGUCCUGCUGACAUCAAUGCUGAGGAAAGUCUUAAUACUCUUAAAUAUGCAAAUCGUGCACGCAAUAUUCAGAACAAACCUGUUGUAAAUAGAGAUUUACUAUCCAAUGAGAUGCAGCAACUUCGCCAGCAGUUAAAGUGCUUGCAGGCUGAACUUUGUGCUCGUGGUGGAUCUCCUGCUGAUGAAGUGCGGCUUCUCAAGGAAAGGGUUACUUGGCUUGAGGCAACAAAUGAGGACCUUUGUCGGGAACUUCAUGAGUAUCGCAGCAGAUGUGCAACUGAAACACGAGAUGAGGAUAUUUGUCCUGUGAUUGAUGGACUUGAGAGUGGCCUUCAGAGCCUAUAUUCAUCUGACCACCAAAUGGCUGAAAGCAUGUCAGGGGAAAAUUCUACAGAAUCUGAUGAAGCAACAAAAGAGUUGGAGCAUACACUGUUGCAAAAUACUAUGGAUAAAGAGAUGAUGGAGUUAAACAAGCGCUUGGAGCAGAAAGAGUCUGAGAUGAAACUCUUUGGAGGAGUUGACGUGGAAACACUCACACAGCACUUUGGAAGAAAAAUUAUGGAACUUGAGGAAGAGAAGAGAAGAGUGCAGAAAGAAAGGGACCAUUUGUUAGCUGAGGUAGAAAAUCGUUCUGCUAAUUCAGAUGGACAAACACAUAAAAAUCAAGAUGUUCGUGCCCAAAAAUUGAAGUCAUUGGAAGCACAAAUUUUAGAUCUUAAGAAGAAACAAGAAAACCAGGUUCGGCUUUUAAAGCAAAAGGAGAAAAGUGAAGAAGCUGCAAAAAGGCUGCAAGCUGAAAUACAAUAUAUUAAGGCUCAAAAGGUUCAGUUGCAGCAUAAAAUGAAGCAAGAGGCUGAGCAAUUUCGACAGUGGAAGGCCUCUCGUGAGAAGGAGUUACUCCAGCUGAAAAAAGAGGGUAGGAGGAGUGAAUAUGAAAGACAUAAACUUGAGGCUCUAAACCACCGCCAAAAAAUGGUUCUUCAGAGGAAGACAGAGGAAGCAGCAAUGGCUACAAAAAGACUAAAAGAAUUGUUGGAAGCCCGCAAAUCCUCUCCACGCGACAAUUUAGUUAAUUCAAAUGGACAUCUACUGCCUGGGCAGAUGAAUGAAAAAACUUUCCAGAGGUGGCUUGAUCAUGAGCUUGAGGUCAUGGUUAAUGUGCAUGAAGUUCGUGCUGAAUAUGAUAAGCAAAAUCAUGUACAAUCUGCACUGGAAGAAGAGCUGGCUUUACUGAAACAAGUAGAUCAGUUUCCAGAUGGACUAAGUACCCCUAAAGGAAAGAACAGAUAUUCCAGGUACAUGUGUCAAAUCUGUUCAGCAGAUGUUUUUCCAUGCCUGUGUCUAUGUGGAUGUCUUUCUGUUGGUAAUUUUGAGCAAUUCAACAAGUCUUUAACUUGCCCUUUUUCCUUGAAAACCCCCCCUGUUAGACUCUUAUCCAUGUCACCAGAUGUAAGAAUGGCGAGAAUAGCUUCUCUUGAGAACAUGCUUGGCAUGUCUUCGGUUGCUUUAAAUAGCAUGGCUUCACAACUUAGUGAUGCAGAAGAAAGGGAACGGACAUUAAACAAUCGUGGACGUUGGAACCAAUGUCGGUCAAUCAGAGAUGCAAAGAACAUGCUUCAGUAUUUGUUUAAUGCAGCAGUGGAAUCCAGGUGCCAAUUGUGGGAAAAGAAUACGGAACUUAAGGACAUGAAGGAGCAACUGAAUGAGCUUGUAAUGCUACUACAGCAAAGUGAAAUACAGCGAAAAGAACUUGUGAAGGAGCAAAAAACGAGGGAACAAACUGUUGCCAUUGCAUUGAGCACAUCUGCAUCGGCAAAUUCGCGAUCAUUGAAACACUUCGCUGAUGAAAUGAGUGGUCCAUUGUCUCCCAUGUCACUUCCUGCACCAAAGCAACUCAAAUUCACCUCUGGAAUUGUUAAUGGGUCAGUCAGGGAGUCAGCUACAUUUCUAGAUGAAACUCGAAAGAUGAUACCCAUCGGACAGUUAUCAACAAAGAAGCUAGCAGCUGUAGGACAAGCUGGAAAACUAUGGAGGUGGAAGAGAAGUCAUCAUCAAUGGUUGCUGCAGUUCAAAUGGAAAUGGCAGAAACCUUGGAAACUCUCAGAAUGGAUCAAGCACAGUGAUGAGACAAUCAUGCGUUCAAGGCCUCGAGCACUUGCUUCAAUUGAUGUGAUGUCUUAGAACAAGAAAAAAAAUUCUCUGGACGUUAUCACCAUAUUGACUGCCAUGUAUUAAAACACAUGGUUUGGCAAGAGUCCAGUUAGUAGCAGGCAUGGGGCAUAUUGGGAAUGGGUUUUCUUGUCUUCCUCUUUGUCUCAAGUCCUUUUCCCAAGACGUGGUUGGCUUGUUGGAGAAAAUCCUGCCAGGGAUUAAUGUGCAUGUUGUAAUCACACAUGAAGGCAUUGGUGGCAUCGGACAAAGCCUUAGGAGGAAAGUAAUACUUUGAGAAGGUUGACACUUGAAAGUUGAAAGAAUGGUGCACCACGCUGCAUGUACGGAGGAAGCUACGAUUGAUGAUGAUGCAGCUCCUCUUUGGAUCUCCUGCUGUUCGAUUGUUGUGCUGUGGUCCAAGCAUGCAAGAAAAACAUGUUCCCCUUCAGGGGACCGUAGGUAUUUGGAUGUGUUGUGUACAUAUGUAACAGUUCUCCAAAUUGCUCCAAACUAGAUUGUGUAUUUUGCAGUGAUCUUCAUCGUGUCAAUGAUUUAAUGGCCAACUGUGCAGUUAUUCUCCUUA